AUGAGCUCCAAAAGGGCUGCGGCCGCAAUGGUCGCAAAUGAUGAAGAUGAUGAAUACCAUUCAUCUGAAGACGAAGACUUCAACCCAGACCUGCAACCUACACGAAAUGACGAAGGCGAUGACAAUAGCGCCGAAUCAUCCUAUUCAGAAUCCGAAGAAGAAGAUACAAAGAAACGCACCCGUAAACCUUCGAAGCGCAAAGCAAAUGACCUGCCGCUCUUGGAUCGCGAAUUGGUUGAAGAUAACUCCGGUGACGAAGCUAUCAUGCGCGGCGCGAAGGCGAAACGAAAGAAGGAUGGGAGUGGAUAUGAUGACGAAGAAGAGGAGGAAGGUCCAUUCAUAAAAACCCGUUCACAGAAAGCAAGAGAAGUUAAAAAGAAAGUCAAGAGGAGCACCACCACCGCCGCCGAUCCAACCGUUGAUAUCGACGCCCUUUGGAAGUCUCUAAACUCGCCGUCCCCACCGAAGACUCUAAAACCUACCACCCCGUUGCCGGGAGUCAAGUCUACAAUCAAAACCGUCACGACAUCAAAAAUCGAACACACUCUACCUGACUCUACAUCCCCGGGGAAACCAGAUGGUACGCCGCUACUACGCACACAACUAUCCACACGAGUAACAAGUAUAAUAACAUCAUCCACAGAGUCCGGAAUUCAAGUAUCGACGGCUGAAGCCGCUACUGCUGUCCCUUUGCCUGCACCGUUAGAAGGGUUACCAGUUGGAGGGGUUGAGUCAAGAUCCGAAACAACUGCGGUAAUCCCAGCCGAGGAUAAUGGAAUGAUUGCUAUAAAGCGAACAUACGAGUUCGCUGGGGAGACUAUCACUGAGGAAAAGCAGGUGGCCGCGAACUCAUUCGAGGCCCGGGCAUAUCUCUCAUCUCUCCAAGCUGGCGCACCCCAAACAUCCAGCCCUAACCCACCAAAACCCCUACGCCGUCCUAUGCGAAAAAUUUCAAAAUUCGAUCCCGCCUUUGUCGGUGCUGGCGGGGCCAAAAAGGCAUCCAAGCUCAACACACUCGAGAAGUCGAGGUUAGACUGGGCCGGGUUUGUAGACAAAGAAGGCAUCGGCGACGAGCUUGACAAAAAGAGAAGAGAAGGUGGUGAUAGCUAUCUCGAGAGGCAGGACUUCUUGGGAAGAGUCGGCUCCAGGACUAGUGAGAAACGAUAA